AUGAAUGCACUAGCAGCUACAAACAGGAACUUUAAGCUGGCCUCCCGGCUUCUGGGAUUGGAUUCAAAGCUUGAGAAAAGUUUACUGAUUCCAUUCAGGGAAAUCAAGGCAAGUAAAAUUGCUUCUUUGCAUUUCAUAUCUCUGAUCUGGAAAAUCGUUGAGUGUACCAUACCUAAAGAUGAUGGUACGUUGCAAUCUUAUGUUGGGUUCAGGGUUCAACAUGAUAAUGCCAGAGGUCCCAUGAAAGGAGGAAUCAGAUACCAUCCUGAGGUUGACCCUGAUGAAGUGAAUGCUUUAGCACAACUAAUGACAUGGAAAACAGCUGUGGCAAAUAUACCAUAUGGUGGUGCCAAAGGAGGGAUAGGGUGUAACCCAGCAGAAUUAAGUAUAUCUGAGUUAGAAAGACUUACCAGAGUUUUUACCCAGAAAAUUCACGAUCUGAUUGGAACUCACACAGAUGUUCCAGCACCUGACAUGGGAACAGGACCACAGACUAUGGCAUGGAUACUGGAUGAGUACUCCAAAUUUCAUGGUUAUUCUCCUGCAGUAGUGACUGGAAAACCUAUAGAUCUUGGUGGAUCUCUAGGAAGAGACGCGGCUACAGGACGAGGAGUCCUCUUUGCAACAGAAGCUUUACUUAAUGAGCAUGGAAAGAGUGUAUCAGGACAACGAUUUGUCAUACAGGGUUUUGGGAAUGUAGGGUCAUGGGCUGCACAAUUAAUCAGUGAGGAAGGUGGGAAAGUUGUUGCUGUCAGUGACAUAACUGGAGCCGUAAAGAACAGCAAAGGUCUUGACAUCCCAAGCUUACUCAAGCAUUCGAAAGAACACAGGGGUGUAAAAGGAUUCCAUGGUGGUGAUCCAAUACACCCUGACUCAAUACUGGUUGAAGAUUGUGAUGUUCUAGUCCCAGCUGCUCUUGGGGGUGUCAUCAAUAGGGAAAAUGCAAAUGAGAUCAAGGCCAAAUUCAUUGUGGAAGCAGCUAAUCACCCAACUGACCCAGAGGCUGAUGAGAUUCUUAAGAAGAAAGGGGUUAUCAUCCUCCCAGACAUAUAUGCAAAUUCAGGAGGCGUUACAGUUAGCUAUUUUGAGUGGGUUCAGAACAUCCAAGGAUUCAUGUGGAAUGAGGAGAAAGUGAAGAAUGAGUUAAGGAAGUACAUGACGAAUGGUUUCAAAGAUGUGAAGGAGAUGUGCAAAACCCAUGAAUGUGAUCUUCGUAUGGGAGCCUUCACCCUGGCAGUUAACCGUGUGGCACGUGCCACCGUCCUCAGGGGUUGGGAAGCUUGA